AUGGCAAACCAAACGUUGUCAUCCUACUUGCACGUGGUUCUCCACUCCUUCGUGUCGUUCAUAAAGGCGCACCCGUGUAUUUCCAUCCUUGCAUACCUGUUUCUUCGCGCUCUUCAUAAUCGUUAUGCCUCACCACUUCGCUCGUAUCCAGGACCUUUCCUCGCCUCCGUGACGCGGCUCUGGAAAGUCUUCUCAACAGUCCGCGGACGCACACAUCUUGACCACAUCGAUCUGCAUAGACGAUACGGUCCCAUUGUGCGUAUCGCGCCGCGUGAGAUAUCUCUUUCCUCCCCAGAAGCCGCACGAACCGUCCUCUCCGCCGGUAAGGGCUUCUAUAAGACGGACUUCUACUGGGUCUUCCCGCCGCCCGAGAACCCGGAUAUCUUCACCGAGAUACGCGAGGAUGUACACGCCGCCAAGAAGAGAGUGGCUAAUGUGCCAUACUCCAUGGCGGCCAUGAGGCAGCUGAGUCCCUUUAUCGACGACACGAUCGACCUCUUGGCGUCCAAGCUGGGCGAGUCCUGCGUCGACUAUCAAGGCCAGGGCCGAGUCGACCUGGGCGCGUGGCUGCACUACUUUGCCUUCGACGUCCUGGGGGAGGUCGCCUUCUCACGCGCAUUCGGCUUCCUGGCCACCGGCCACGAUGUGGAAGGGGCGAUCAGGACAAUCGACAACAGUCAGACGUACAACGGCAUCGUCGGGCAGGUCCCCGAGUGGGAUUACGUGCUGCGCAGGAACCCGCUGUGGAAGAUCAUCCCGUAUUUUGACCCGGGGAAUGCGUUGAUCACUAGAAUUGCCUCCGAAGAGCUCGGCAGGAGAAAGCCUUUUAAAGCGGAAGAGGAAAAGAGCGGCGGUGAUGGCAGGCGCGACCUGCUGGGGAGUUUGAUCAAGGGCCACUUGAAGGAAGGGAGCGGGUUUGGUGAGGGCGACGUGUUUGCAGUGGCGCACGGGGCCAUAUUCGCAGGUUCCGACUCGACUGCCUCGACCAUGCAGUCCUUUUUCCACUUCAUCCUGUCCGUGCCAAACGUUUACAACCGCCUCCUAGAUGAGAUGGAGCGUGCGAUCAAGGCGGGCCAGGUCCCUACCGAGGGCAAUGUCGAGUACCUGCAAUCCUUGGAGUUGUCGUAUUUCCAGGCAUGCCUCAAAGAGGCAAUGCGACUGCGUCCCGCGGUCGGUCUCAACAUUACGAGACAUGUUCCCGCCAGUGGCAUCGAACUCGACGGCAUCAAUUUUGCUGGUGGCACGCGCGUGGCGCUGAAUGCCUGGGUGCUGCAUCGAGAUGUUGAUGUUUUCGGGAAGGAUGCUAAUGAGUUCAGGCCGGAGAGAUGGCUUGAAGAUGAGGAGCAGGCCAAGAAAAUGGAGAGAUUCAUGUUCCAGGCAAGUCCUGCUCUUUUCUUUGCAUUUGGCGGCGGUGCACACGUCUGCAUCGGACGCAAUUUGGCUCUGCUCGAGAUUAACAAGGUAAUCCCGAGAUUGCUGAGGGACUUCAAGUUCGUACUUGUGCACCCUGGGAGAGAGCUCAAGGCUCAUGCAUCCUUCUUCGUCGUGCAAGAGGGCUUGGAUGUGUACAUUGAGCGGAACGAGUCCUCGGCUAAAUGGAAGAAUGCUUGA